AUGUCAAUCUUUGCAGCAUAUGUAGACCCCAAGAUCGUCCAAGUUGACAACCUCAACUACGACACCCUCGCCACAAUCUACUUCCAACGGACAACCGUCAUCAUCAGUGAACUGGUUCUAUUUUGGGCUUUGCAGAGGAUGCUGGUCGCCAUGGGGAACAGACCUUUGCAGAAGAUCAUCAAUUGGUCGUUGAUGCUGAACCCAGGCCUGUUAAUGGUCGAUAAUAUGCAUUUCCAGUAUAAUGGCUUCUUGUAUGGUAUCCUGGUCCAUUCCCUCGUCGAUGCCAAGCAGGCAAGUUCCUUCUCUUCAGAGAUUACGUCGACGCGUUUUGGCAAGCUGUUGCGGUCAGGAAUUUUGUUUGCGGCGCUUCUCAACUUUAAGCACAUCUACCUCUACAUUGCGCCUUCUUACUUUGCCUUCCUCCUUCGCGCCUACUGCUUCGAGAACUCUGGAAACAGCAUCAGAGCGCGAUCAUGGAUUUCAGCGUUCAGACCUUUGAAUUUUGUGGCAUUGGGCGUCAGUGUGAUUGCAAUCUUUGCUGCGUCGUUGGGCCCUUUUGUCGCCAUGGACCAAUUACCCCAACUCGCAGGACGUUUGUUCCCCUUCAAGCGCGGACUUACCCACUCGUACUGGGCUGCCAACUUUUGGGCUCUGUACUCGUUUGCCGACAGGAUCAUGAUCGUCUUGGUCUCCAAGACUCCUCUCGGACAGUACUUCAACCUCGCUCUGGAUGAAUCAGCCCUCUCAGCAACCACUCGUGGAUUGGUCGGCGACACUGCAUUCGGCGUCUUGCCCACCGUGACAGCUCAACAUACCUUGAUCUUGACGGUGUUGCUGCAGAUCCCCAGUUUGAUCUCUGUGUUCAGGAAACCCACUUUUGACAGAUUCAUUGGAUCAGUGGUCUUGUCGGCAUUUGCAUCGUUCUUGGCUGGAUGGCAUGUUCAUGAGAAGGCAAUAUUGCUGUGCACGGUGACCAUGAGUGUUGCGAUUGCCAACCAGGUCGGAGCCAGCCCCAACUCGGGAGUCAAUGCUGGAGCCUUCUCGACUUCGGACCAGAAGGGGUCAUCGGCUCUUACACCCCGGGAUGUUCGUGCGUUUAUGAUUGUCAGUCUUGCGGGAUAUAUCGGCCUCUGGCCCCUCUUCUUCACUCGUCCCGAAACCCCGAUCAAGGUGCUGAUCACGGCGAUCUGGUUUGUGGUCGUCGGCAGUGGGCUGGACCAAUGCAUACCCAAGCAGCCCAAAUCGAACGACACUCUUUUGUCGAGCAAAUCGAUGUUGCGUUACUUCUCUCUCUUGGAGCGUCUUUAUGUGUUUGGGUGUAUCCCCGUACAGAUUUAUGUCAACAUUGUCCACGAGGCCGUGUUUGGCCAGGACAGGUUGGCGUUCUUGCCAUUGAUGAUGACCUCGGUCUAUGCGGCUGUAGGGGUUGUCUAUGGCUGGUUGCUGUACUCUGCUACUUAUUUCUCCUCAAGCAAGGCGCUCGAUAAGAAGAAGACGCGUUAA